AUGUCGGAUGGCCGAAAGGAUCAAUGGAGCGGAGCUCGCACCGUCCCCUGCCGGGUUUGUCUGCCGCCGCUGCCUUCAGCCUGGGUUCGAAUGACUGGGAAUGGCGAGCGCCUGCCCCAGCCGGCACUUGAGAACUUCAUAAAGCAGCUAAGAUCUUAUGAAAUAGUCACGCCGACGCGGGUGAACGAUUUCGGAGAGGUCUUUCCUCACGCCCUUCACUUCAGGAGGAAAAAACGGAGCUCUGGGCUGGAGCUGUGGACAACCCGGGCUCACUACCAGAUCAGCGCAUUCGGUCACCUCUACCACCUGAACCUCAGCGCCGACUCCGGCUUUAUCGCACCAACCUUCCGAGUCAGUCACCUGGGCAGCGCCGAGCACGGGGAGACGCACUCGGACUUGAAGCACUGUUUCUACGCGGGGCACGUCAACUCUCAGACUGAGCACACUGCCGUCGUCAGCGUCUGCACUGGCCUUAUGGGCACUUUUCAAUCCGCCGAUGGACAGUAUUUUUUGGAACCUCUCCUGAAUCCAGAUGGAGACCAGUAUGAAGAUGAGCACAAUAAACCCCAUCUCAUUUACCAACAUGAACCACUGGAUAAUAACCUCCUGAGGAAACCUUCUCAUCCUUGUGCAUCUUUAGAUCAGAAUCAUAAAACGAGGAAAAAACACUUAAAGAUGCACAAUGCUGGCAGUAUCAGAGAACACCUCACUAGCUUCCAAAACGUAAUUAAACCAACACGUUUACCAACCAUGGAACCUGAAACGGGCAACAAAACACAGCAUCGUAUACGAAAAAAGCGCUUUUUGUCUUAUCCAAGAUUUGUGGAGGUCAUGGUCACUGCUGACAACAAAAUGGUCUAUCAUCACGGGAGGAAUUUACAGCACUACAUUCUAACACUUAUGUCAAUAGUGGCUACAAUCUACCGAGAUUCAAGUGUGGGAAACCUGAUCAACAUUGUUGUUGUCAAGUUAGUUGUGAUUCACAAUGAGCAAGAAGGCCCAUCCAUCAGUUUUAACGCAGCUACAACACUUCAUAACUUCUGUGUGUGGCAGCAGACUCAGAACACCUUGGAUGAUAAUCACCCGUCUCACCAUGAUACUGCAGUCCUAAUGACCAGGGAAGACAUUUGUAGAGCUAGAAACAAGUGUGAUACUUUGGGAUUAGCAGAACUUGGCACAAUGUGUGAUCCCUAUCGCAGCUGCUCCAUCAGUGAGGAGAACGGACUGAGCACAGCUUUCACUAUAGCGCAUGAGCUUGGGCACGUGUUCAACAUGCCUCAUGAUGACAGCAUCAAAUGCAAAGAGGCUGGAGUGAAGCAUCAGUAUCAUGUCAUGGCUCCAACCUUGAACUACCACACCAACCCAUGGACGUGGUCGAAGUGCAGCCGCAAGUACAUCACUGAGUUUCUAGACACGGGUUAUGGAGAAUGCCUACUUGAUGAGCCUGUAGCAAGGAGCUACGACUUGCCUGCCCAGCUACCUGGUCAAAUCUACAAUGCAAACAAGCAGUGUGAACUGAUGUUCGGAACAGGAUCACAAGUGUGCCCCUACAUGAAACAAUGCAAACGGCUGUGGUGUACGAGUGCAGAAGGAGUGCACAGGGGCUGCCGUACACAGCACAUGCCUCUGGCUGAUGGGACAGACUGCGGCCAUGGAAUGCAUUGUUGGCACGGGCUCUGCGUGAACAUGGAGAUGGCGGCAAGGCCAGUGGACGGAGCGUGGGGGCCCUGGGGACCGUACGGAGUGUGCUCCAGGCCGUGCGGGGGAGGCAUCAGAAACGCAGUGAGAGACUGCAACAAGCCGGAGCCCAGGAACGGCGGGAAGUAUUGUGUGGGUCGUAGAAUGAAGUUCCGGUCCUGUAACACUGAGCCGUGCCCAAAGGGCAGAAAGGAUUUCAGGGAAGAGCAGUGUUCAGAGUUCGAUGGAAAGCAUUUUAACAUCAACGGGCUGCCAGCAAAUGUGCGCUGGCUUCCAAAAUAUAGCGGCAUUCUGAUGAAGGAUCGCUGCAAGCUUUUCUGCCGUGUGGCUGGGACCACUGCAUAUUACCAGCUCAAGGAUCGCGUCACCGACGGCACUGCCUGCGGCCCUGACACCAACGACAUUUGUGUGCAAGGCUUGUGCAGACAGGCGGGAUGUGACCAUGUGUUGAAUUCCAAAGCAAGGCAGGACAAAUGUGGAGUGUGUGGAGGAGAUAAUUCCUCUUGUCGGACCCUGGCUGGUACUUUUAACAAUGCACAGUAUGGGUAUAAUGUAGUCGUACGAAUACCUUCAGGAGCCACAAACAUUGAUGUACGGCAGCACAGUUACUCAGGGAAACCAGAAGAUGACAACUACCUUGCAUUAUCUGACAGCCAAGGCGAUUUCAUCCUGAAUGGAAACUUUGUGGUGAGCAUGUUUAAGCGAGAGGUAAAUGUACAGGGAACCACAAUCGAAUACAGUGGCUCAGACAGUGACGUGGAACGGAUUAACUGUACAGGCCGAAUUGAAGAAGAGUUGAUUCUUCAGGUUUUGUCUGUUGGAAAUUUGUACAACCCUGAUGUGCGUUACUCCUUUAAUAUACCAAUAGAGGAUCAGCUGGGAUUGUUUGUUUGGGACCCGUAUGGUUCAUGGCAAGAGUGCAAUAGACCGUGCCAAGGGGAACGGAGGAGAAAGGUGGUCUGUGUGCGGAAAGCCGAUCAGCUGGUUGUUUCUGACCAACGAUGCGAGCACUUACCUCGCCUGACUGCAGAAAGUGAGCUGUGCAAUAUGGACUGUGAAUUAAGGUGGCAAGUAUUAGGUAAGAGUGAAUGUACGGCACAGUGCGGACCAGGGCAUAGAACACAGGAUAUUCACUGCAUGAGGUACAUCCACGGGAAAGGACUGAGCGAGUCCAUGGAUGAUAGGUAUUGUGCCGAUCAACCGAAGCCUCCCAGCCGAGAAGCCUGCCAUGGUGACUGUCUUAGGACCAGCUGGCAUUAUACGUCCUGGUCACAGUGUUCCAAGAGCUGUGGUGGGGGAGUAAGGACACGGGAGGCCUACUGCAUGAACAACCUCGGGAGACGCCUUGUCGACCGAGAGUGCAGCGAGCAUCAGAGUGUUACAUCUCAGCGAUGCAGUGAGUUCCCCUGCCCUGAAUGGACAGCCAGCCAGUGGAGUGAGUGUCUUGUCACAUGUGGGAAGGGCACAAGGCAUCGGCAAGUUUCCUGUCUGCUGAAUAACGAACAGCUGCAGGAUGAGUUUUGCAAUCCAAGUACAAAGCCAGAGAGCACAGACAACUGUGAGCUCCAGGAGUGUGCCUCGUGGCAGGUCGGAGCCUGGGGGCAGUGUGCUGUCACCUGUGGCCAUGGAUAUCGGUUGCGAGCCGUGAGGUGUAUGGCUGGGACGUUUGGUGCAAUUAUCGAUGACAGGGAGUGCAACGCCGCAAGCCGUCCAACAGAUAACCAGGAUUGUGAGAUGCCCCCCUGUUUAGAACUUCCUCAGGUGGUCUCAAGUCCGAGUCCAGCCACUCAGAAGGAGGCAAUGGCCCAGUGGAGAUUCGGAUCCUGGACCCAAUGCUCGGUGAGCUGUGGUGAAGGAACGCGUGCCCGCUACGUCAGCUGCCGGGAUGCGCAGGGCGGCGUGGCUGACGAAAUGUUCUGCGCUCACUUACCUCGCCCCCCUGAAGCAGCGAUGUGCUACAGUCCCUGCGGGAAGUGGCAUGCUGGCGAAUGGUCACCCUGCUCUGUGACCUGCGGCCCUGGCACGGCCACUCGCCAAGUUGUCUGCAUCACCUUUCAACAUCAGCUGACGGCUGAGAGCGACUGCAACGCCAUGGACAGACCCGCCGAGGAGCAGGAGUGCAGCUUGGCCUCAUGCCCCCGCGCCUACCCCCCUCACGACUAUCCUGACCGCUCCAUACAGCGCGACCACACACCACCCCCUGCGGACUACCCCUCCCACAACGCAGUCAGUCAAAACAGAUGGAGCAAUCCGUCAGGGACAAGUCAGUGGAGGACAGGACCUUGGGGAGCAUGCUCGAGCACUUGCACAGGAGGAUUCCAACGUCGGGUCGUAGUCUGUCAGGAUGUGGAAGGACGGGGUGUUGACUCCUGCGAUGAGAGAGUGAAGCCUGCCGAAACCAGACACUGCGAUGCUGGUGCCUGUCCUCACUGGAACUACGGCAACUGGGGCGAGUGUACGCGACCAUGUAACAGUGGAACGAGGACGAGGCUGGUUAUCUGCCAGCUCCCACAAGGCCAACAGCUGAGUGACCAAAACUGUGACAUCUUGGAGAAGCCUCUGGACAGGGAACAGUGCAACAUGCAACCUUGCCCCGGCAGUGUCUCGUGGCAUCGCGGACCUUGGAACUCGUGUUCUGUGUCGUGUGGAAAGGGAACCAAGCACCGGGAAGUUGCCUGCAUUGACACGGAGCAGGUGGCUGUGGACCACAAGCACUGUGAGCACCUGAAGAAGCCUCGAGUUUACAAGCGUUGCCGAGCAGGUCGCUGCCCCAGCUGGAGAGCCACCCCAUGGAGGGAGUGCUCAGUGACCUGUGGAGCUGGGAUUCAGCGAAGGGAUGUCUUCUGCAGGCUGAAGGGCUUUGGUCGGGUCAGCGAAGAGGUGUGCGAUCCAUCCGCUCUCCCAGCCGCCACUCGGCAAUGCAGACUUCCUGACUGUCUACACUAUGAAUGGCUCACGCAGGAAUGGCAAGAUUGCUCUGUGUCAUGCGGCGAAGGGGUGCGAAGGCGUCGCGUUCAAUGUGUCAGCCGCACCCACGGGCAGAUGGAUGACGAGUAUUGUGACCGCCCAUCCAAGCCCCCUGCCAUACAAAGCUGCUCUGCUGCGCCUUGUGAACGCAUCUGGAUCGCAGGGGAAUGGUCACAGUGUUCGGCAAGCUGCGGCCCAGGGUAUCAACGUCGGAUAGUUUACUGCAGCGAGGUGCACUCUGGGCAAGACCUUUAUUCAUAUGGCCUACCAACAACCUCAGCAAGCCGCUGUCCAAUGCCGCCGCCUCCCAGUGUUCACGAGUGUAAUGUCCAGCAGUGUCAUGCCUCCGCCAGCUGGAGGGUGGGAGCCUGGAGCAAGUGCACUGUGACCUGUGGCGUGGGUACAAUGGAGAGGAAGGUGCAAUGCCUCACUGACGACGGUCUGCCCAGUGAACUGUGCAAACUCAGCCAAAAGCCUCAGCUUCACACCCCCUGCUUCACCAAUGCUUGCAGUGUCUCAGCGAGUUGCAGUGAAAUCCAGAAGACAAAAGAAGUGCAGAGCGACGGAGAGUACCUGCUAAACAUCGAAGGCAAACUCAUAAAGGUAUACUGUGCAGGAAUGCGUUCUGAUUAUCCUCGGGAAUAUGUAACACUAUCCAGUGGAGAGGCAGACAAUUAUUCUGAAGUUUAUGGAUACAGGCUGAGAAACCCUUAUGAAUGUCCUUACAAUGGACACAGAAGAAAGGACUGCUCCUGCAGAAACGAUUACCUGGCAGCGGGAUACACAGUGUUUCGCAGAAUACGGAUUGACAUCAGCUCAAUGCGUGUCAUAAUUACAGACCUGCAGUUCGCGCGGACAGUCCACGGAAGAGCAGUGCCCUUUGCAACGGCGGGAGACUGUUACAGUGCGGCCAAAUGUCCUCAGGGCCGAUUUAGCAUUAACUUAAGUGGGACUGGGCUGAAGGCAGCAGAAGCUUCAAAAUGGAUUGCACAGGGAAACUACGCAACGGUCAACGUGCAGAGGUCGCAGGACGGCACGAAGAUAUCCGGGAAGUGCGGAGGUUACUGUGGAAAAUGUGUCCCCCAGACCAGCACCGGUCUUCGGCUACAAGUACAGUGAGGCCCAGGCAUCGAGAGGGGACAGCAGCAACACCAAGAAGUUCAAUGCUCUCAGUGGAAGUCAGACUCCACGAUGGGGAGGACCGCCGGCUAGAUGUCAGCAUUGUCAGGUGCAGCAAAGAUCUGUAACAAGUUUGAGAUCAGCCAGGAGUAACAUUAUUUCUUUCUCUUCCAUUGGUCAUCCACUAUUGGCUGGCACAGGAACAAAACCAAUGGAUAAUUACUUUGGAGCAUGUUUGGAGUGAAAACCCAGUGUGCAUGUGUAACACUUGCUUUUUCCAAUUCCUGUAACUUUGCAAAUCAUCCCUACCCGAGACCUUUGCAUACACAGAAUCUAUGGACCAUUGUCCAGUCAGUGUACCAGGCCAAGACUGCCACGCUGUUUAUGAACUCAUACUUGGUUAAAGCGGUCCAGGUAUUUACAUCCAAACUUUUCACAAUACAAGAGAUGGCUGUGGUCAACACCACACUUCUCCCAGAUCUCUUCAGCCACCCAUUCUGCAUUGCUCAAGGCAUUAACUCCUUUUGGCCCCUCUUGCAGAGGGGAAUUUGAAUUCGUACUUGCCUUUCCCUGUGAUAGAACCAAGCCCUGCAGUUGGAGGGAGAAAGCGAUGGAAUUGGAGGUGCACUAUACCAGCAGGCCAUUAGCUGGUACACUGCUGAUACAUCUGUUGGGUUCCCUCUGCAGUUCAGUUUAUUUACCACAUGUACAUCUGCGUUAACACCUGAGAGUAGCCGUAAGUUCAUAAUAUAUCUUCAAUGCUCGGCAGAACAACACAGAACACAACAAACAAGAAAGAAAGCCUCUUUACUUCCCUCCCACCCAAGGGUAUACACAGUCCUCAGACCCCAGAACUUCUUCAGCCUCCAGCCUGUGGCAUACUGAGCUUGGACUUGGCUCACAGACACCGAGCAGUUUUGCUGAGAUUCACAGACUUGGGGCUCUGGUCAAUGUUUCUGAUGUUGGGACCUGUCAAAGGCUCCAUAUUUUUUCAUUACUUCAUCAGAGAAGAGUCACAAGGAUUUAAAAAAAACACACUCUGAGAUAUUCUUUGUCAGAAAAUUCACACACUCUAAACCCUUCCCAUAUUCAGUUGGAAGUGGCUUCUUUAGAAUUUAAACACUAAUUAUAUUGGAAGUUGCUGGGUUACAUCACCUCCUGUGUUAUAAACUAAAUACCUGAUGGUGCUCUCCUGGGAAAAGUCUGAAGUUUUCAUUUCACUAAAGUAACAUUUAACUCCUGUAGUGAAGCAGUUGCCAGGAGAAUGUCAAAGCUGUCAAGAGUCGACAGUGAACACUGGCUACCUCUCAGCACAAGAUGUAUAAAAGAGAUAUAUUUUAUUAUGUUGUAAAAUAUUUAUGCACUGUUGUAUUUAUUACCUGAUAUCUUGUAUGUACCCUUUUAACUACUGAAAUAGUCUCAGAUAAGGACUACUGUCCUCCCACCACCAUAGCUAUUACAGAAUUUUGUGAACACGAUAUUGAAAAGGGAGGGAUGCCUUAUCUCAGGGGUGGCGAACCUUUUUUAGAGCGUGGGCCCAAACUAGUGAUAAUCUAAAAAAAUUCUUGCAUGUACCAUGAUAGUUUUGAGCAGAGUUAUCUUUGAUUCAUUAAUUAAUUAAUA